AAGCAGCACAGCGACUGAGUCUCCCUUUGUCUCUGUCAGUUUGUUCAACAACUCCACAAACUCAAACGAUUCACACAGGAUUGUUUUCUCACAGACGUUAGUGGAAAAGAGGGAACAUGCCAUCCCAUAUUAUGCUCUCCUACCAGUGGGAUGACCAGGCUCUAGUGAAAAAAAUAUACGACCGCCUCAGAGAAGAUGGUCUGCCGGUGUGGAUGGAUAUCGAAGGAGGCGUGACAGGGAACAUAAAUGACUCGAUGGCUGCAGGUGUGGAGGAGGCUGUGGUGAUCUGUCCGUUCAUGACUCCAGCCUACCAGGCCUCCCGCAGCUGUAAGAAAGAGCUCAACUACGCAGACUCCAGGGAGGUCAUCAUGGUGCCGGUCAUGCUGGCCAACAACUGGGAGGCCAGUGAGUGGCUGGGGCUGAUCACUGCAGGCCUGCUGUGGGUCGACUUCAGAAAUGCAGAAAAGGAAGAGGAGAACUUUGAGAUGUGUCUCAGGUCUCUGGAGGAGGAGAUCAUGUUUAACGCCGGUCACCUGCUGGCAGUUGAAGAGCCACCAAGUGAGGAGGUGGAUCAGCCAGAACCACCAAAACCCCGUCUGAAGAAGAAGCCUGGACGAGGGUUUUGUCAUGCUCUCUCAAGGCUCUACAUAAGUGAUUCAGGUGAGCAAGGUGAGGAAAUAAUCCACCCAACCGGUGACACCAGAAACACAGUGGAGCUCAGUGAGACACUUGGAGAUCAUUGUUACUGGGUGGAGAUUAAGGGUAACGGCUGUAAAUACUACAGGAACGCUGUCACCAACAGAUACCUCGGGUUUGACCCCCGCAGCAAACAGGUUUACUCCGUGCUGAGUCUGUGUGAGUCUGAGGAGUGGCUGAUGUUGGUGGAUCAGACGGACCAGAGCCAUCAGAGAGCCGUCGUCAUCAAAAACAAACACUCUGGGAGGUUCCUCGCAGUCCAACAUGGCCGCUUUAUCGGACUAACAUCGUACAAUGAAGACUGCAAAUGGUUCUUAGAAUAAAACGG